GGCUCCAUUAAAUGAGACACUGGUGAUAACUCUUAACAUUACACACUCAUCAAAACACAGCACUAUUGUUGAACUGCCUGAUGAAGUAGAAGUGCCUGCAGGCCACACUAAAGCAGACUUCCAAGUGAAAGCAGAUGAUGUUGGACAAGUAACAAUUUAUCUUUAUACCAUUAAUUCCAACUUAACUGGACCUAGGAUUCGAUUUCAAGUGAUUCAUAGCAUCAUAGUGAGAUACGCUGAUGAGGUGAUUGGCUGGAUCUAUUUCCUUGCCUGGUCGGUCUCCUUUUAUCCUCAACUCUUUGAGAACUGGCGACGAAAAAGUGUUGUUGGACUAAGCUUUGACUUUUUAGCGUUAAACCUUACUGGCUUUAUAGCAUACAGUGUGUUUAAUAUCGGACUCUUCUGGAUUCCCUUGAUUAAGGAGGAAUUCUUAGUCAGUUAUCCCGGUGGGGUGAACCCUGUGGCUAUCAAUGAUGUCUUCUUUAGUCUCCACGCAGUAGCUCUCACUCUCCUUACCAUCAUUCAGUGCUGCAUCUACGAGAGAGCAGGUCAGAAGGUAUCCAAAGUUGUUGUUGCGCUACUGGCACUUGCAUGGAUCUUCACAUUUACAACGUUGUUUCUUGCUGCAGCUGAGGAAAUGACAUGGCUACAGUUCUUAUUCUGCUUCUCUUACAUUAAGUUAGCAGUCACACUCAUAAAGUAUUUUCCACAGGCCUACCUGAACUUCCGUAGGAAGAGCACUGAGGGAUGGAGCAUUGGAAAUGUAUUACUAGACUUCACUGGUGGAAGCUUCAGCCUUCUCCAGAUGUUUUUGCAGUCAUACAACAAUGAUCAGUGGAAGUUAAUCUUUGGAGAUCCAACCAAGUUUGGCCUGGGUGUCUUCUCUAUCAUCUUUGAUAUUGUCUUUAUCAUCCAGCACUACUGCCUGUAUAGGAGACGAGGGUAUGAACCUUGUGAAUAACAUCACUUGUGAAAACAAAAACUUUAAACUGAACUUGCCCCUACCCUGGCUGAGGGCUUU